AUGAAGCUCGUAGUGUUUGUAUGUUUGUUGUUCAUAACUAACGGUUUUCAACCGAGUCAAUUUACACUCAGUCAAGCAGGAUAUCAAUUUCAACCGGCAAAUAAUGUUGAACUAAUAUUUACCUUUUCAAAUAUUCGUACCAGUGCAUUAUGUGCCAUUCACUGCUAUCAAAAUAUACUCUGUCGUACAUUCGAUUUUGAUUCCAGUUCACAUCAAUGUCGUUUAUUCGAAGGAUCUGUCAAUACGGGCACUCUCAUAUCUACUGUUAUAACAACUUUAGUUGGUUGGAUUGAAAUGGAUGCAUCGAUGUUCUCUUUAUACAAUGCAACAAGUGAUCAGUGUAUCAAUAAUCGGUUUCUUUACAGUGAUACUAUCUCUGGUCGAUGUGAAUGUCCAACGCAUACGUUUUAUGAUGGAUCAAUGUGUUCGAAUCAAAGAUUUGAUGGUGAUACAUGUACAAGCAACAACUGGUGUCGCACUGGCUUAAACAUCAAUUGUAUAGCAUCGAUAUGUGUUGGACCUACAACUCCUUCAAUGCCAUCGACUACAGUUACUUCAUACACUUCUACAACAGUUCAGAUAUCAUCAUCGCCUACAAUGAUUUCAACAACAGCAUCAACAACCAGUGUUACUUCUGCUACAACGACUGUUGCUACAUGUACAACUCUCAUUAAUUUCAAUGAUAUUCCAGGUGCGUCCAGCACAUCUGGUAUAAUUCCGAAUGGUUAUAAAAAUCUGAACUGGAUUAAUGCUGGAUAUAUAAAUGUAUCAACAACUCCAAGCAAUAGUGGCUAUCGUGCAGGAGUCUCUACUAUGCCUUUUGUAAUGUAUAAUCCAACAGGUGGAAACUUAACAAUUACAUCAGCAAAUGGUACUCGAUUUUCGUUCGAUGCUGUAUGGUUGACUAGCGCUUGGCGCAAACCUAUGAAUAUUGUAGUAGACGCAUUCAGCAAUGGAUGGAUCACAUCAGGAGGUCAAGUCAGCUUAUCGACAACUUACCAAACUAAAUUCAGCUGUAGCUUCUGCAGAAACACGGACACAAUAACAUUUUAUACGGAUGGAAGCAUUGGUAGCAAUCUUACACAAAACGGAACUCAAUUUAUUAUCGGUAAAUUGUGUAUAUCAUUUGGACAUUAA